GCGGGGCUUGGUGACGGCAGGCAGCCUGUUUGCAGCGUGUGUCUGACCGUGAAUGCAGGCGGAGCAGAUGAUGGAGCAGGGGGACGGAGGAGCGGUCGUCUCAGAUCUCAUCCCUACAACAUCACGUCCACGCAUGAGGGUUCGCUUUAAUUCCACGUUAAGAGUCUGGAUUCUGCUCUCCUUCAUUCGUGUCCUCAUUUCGUCGCUGACAACAGCCGGGCAUCGGUGCGCUUCUCCCAUCUGGCUGUGAACGCAGCACCGGUUCUGCCUUUUAUGUAGCCUACCACUGGAUGGAGAGAAGAUCCUGUUGAUGAAAACGGAUUUUUUAAAUUGAAUUCAAUAAAACAAACACUCAGAGCCACAAUUCACGCGAGGUUUCACCUUCACCUUCAAAGUCGCUCCUCCAAUCGAAAUGGAUGAAGACAAUCACGUCCCCGAGGAUCUGUCCCUGGAGGAGAGGGAUGAGCUGUCGAACAUCCGACGGAGGAAGAGGGAGCUGCUCGAUGACAUUGAGAGGUUGAAAUUUGAGAUCGCAGAGGUCAUGACAGAGAUCGAACAGCUGACCUGUGUCGGGGAAAGCAAAACAUCCCAGAGGAACAAGCAGAUUGCUAUGGGCAGGAAGAAAUUUAACAUGGAUCCCAAAAAGGGGAUCCAGUUCCUACUGGAGAAUGACCUCCUCCAGAACACUCCAGAAGACAUCGCCCAGUUCCUCUACAAAGGGGAGGGGCUCAACAAGACCGUCAUCGGGGACUACUUGGGCGAGCGGGACGACUUUAACAUCAAGGUGCUUCAGGCUUUCGUGGAGCUGCACGAGUUUGCAGACCUGAACCUCGUCCAAGCGCUGCGGCAGUUCCUCUGGAGUUUCCGCCUGCCAGGUGAAGCCCAGAAGAUCGACCGUAUGAUGGAGGCGUUUGCCUCGCGCUACUGCCAGUGCAACCCUGGAGUCUUCCAGUCGACAGAUACCUGCUACGUAUUGUCGUUUGCUAUCAUCAUGCUGAACACCAGUCUACACAACCCAAACGUCAGAGACAAGCCCCCUGUUGAACGCUUCAUCUCCAUGAACAGAGGCAUCAAUGAAGGAGGGGAUCUGCCAGAAGAGCUUCUCAGGAAUCUUUACGACAGCAUCAAAAACGAGCCCUUCAAAAUCCCAGAGGACGACGGGAAUGACCUGACACACACGUUCUUCAACCCGGACAGAGAGGGCUGGCUCUUAAAGCUGGGCGGCAGAGUCAAAACGUGGAAGAGAAGAUGGUUUAUCCUGACCGACAACUGCCUCUAUUACUUUGAAUACACAACAGAUAAAGAGCCUCGUGGGAUUAUUCCCCUUGAAAACCUCAGUAUCAGAGAGGUGGAUGAACCAAGAAAACCUAACUGCUUCGAGCUUUACAACCCCGGCCACAAAGGUCAGGUCAUCAAGGCCUGCAAGACGGAGGCUGACGGGCGGGUCGUGGAGGGUAACCACGUAGUGUACAGGAUAUCAGCCCCCACCCCAGAGGAGAAGGAGGAGUGGAUCAAGUCCAUCAAGGCGAGCAUCAGCAGGGAUCCUUUCUAUGACAUGCUGGCCACCAGGAAGAGGAGGAUAGCCAAUAAAAAAUGAUGACUGCGUAUCUCGGACUGAAAGUCCUUGUGCGUCUCUGUGUUUAUUUUACCGAAGUCCCAGGUGUCUACAGUUCAUUGAUUUCGGGGCUGAGGGACACAAGGGACUCUGGGUCAUUUCUGGCUGCAUCUCAAGUCUUUUCUGAUGUGAAAGUCAGGAAGAAGAAGGAAAGUGUGAAUGCACUCUUCUCCAACCUGAGUUAUAAUGAAGAAUGGCAGAAGAAGAGACACCUGUUACUGGAAUAAGGGAGCUGUUUUUUCUGUAAUGCUUGGGGUGGAUUUCCCUCUGCUGGUCACUUCAGAAAUUUAAUGUACUUCAACUUAACUGCAAAGGUACCCUCAGAAUUUUUUCAUAUUUUGUCUAUUCAAUGUAUAUUAAAAGGAUAUUAUGUGACAGACAAACACAAAGUAGUGCAUAAUUGUAAAAAUACAUGGUUUUCUUUUCUGAACCAAUAAAAAUCUAAGAAGAGUAGCAUGCAUUUGAAUUGAGCC